AAGAACGCGAGGGGGGCGUGGCCUCCACGCCUCCCUGGCAUCCCUCCCCUUCCCGAGGCGCGACUUGGUCUCUCCCGAUCCCCCUCUGGCCGUGGUGGUUGUCGUUGGGAGCUCGCGCGGCGGCCGUUGAGGAGAGACGCAGCAGCAGCAGAGUCUGCGCCGGCGGGCGCAGGAAGCAAAAGGCGCUCCGGCAAAACUCGCCCGACCGCUCGGGGAAGAGGGGCCGCGGAGCGGGCUCCCGCUGCUUCAUCAGCAUUGUUUUGGUGUUGCCCCGCAUGGGAUUAUAGUGGCGACAGCAACGGCGGCUGCGGCGGCCCCAUGUUUUCUCCCAGCCAGGAGGAGCACUGCGCGCCCAACAAGGAGCCCGUCAAAUACGGGGAGCUGGUGGUCCUGGGGUACAAUGGCUCUCUCCCAAAUGGUGAUAGAGGACGUAGGAAAAGCAGAUUUGCUCUCUAUAAGCGACCCAAAGCAAAUGGCGUCAAACCAAGCACAGUUCAUGUGAUUUCAACACCUCAAGCAUCCAAGGCCAUCAGCUGUAAAGGGCAACAUAGUAUCUCUUACACUCUCUCCAGAAACCAGACCGUUGUGGUGGAAUAUACACAUGACAAAGACACAGAUAUGUUUCAGGUUGGCAGAUCAACUGAGAGCCCCAUAGACUUUGUUGUAACGGAUACCAUUUCUGGGAGCCAAAACAGUGAUGAAACUCAGAUCACCCAAAGCACAAUCUCCAGGUUUGCUUGCCGCAUUGUUUGUGAUAGGAAUGCACCAUAUACGGCCAGAAUCUUUGCAGCAGGAUUUGACUCUUCAAAAAACAUCUUUCUUGGGGAAAAAGCAGCAAAGUGGAAGAAUCCUGAUGGGCACAUGGAUGGAUUAACAACCAAUGGCGUUCUAGUCAUGCAUCCCAAAGGGGGAUUCACUGAAGAAUCUAAGCCUGGAGUCUGGCGAGAAAUUUCAGUCUGUGGCGAUGUGUAUACUUUACGUGAAACAAGAUCUGCUCAGCAAAGAGGCAAGCUAGUAGAAAAUGAAACCAACGUCCUCCAGGAUGGUUCUCUCAUUGAUCUGUGUGGAGCUACACUCCUGUGGAGAACAGCAGAUGGCUUGUUUCACACUCCGACUCAGAAACACAUUGAGGCUCUGCGGCAAGAGAUCAAUGCUGCAAGACCCCAGUGUCCUGUGGGGCUGAACACACUGGCAUUUCCCAGUAUCAACCGCAAAGAAGUAGUAGAAGAGAAACAGCCAUGGGCUUACCUCACCUGUGGCCAUGUUCAUGGCUAUCACAACUGGGGACACCGCAGUGACACAGAAGCCAACGAGCGUGAGUGUCCCAUGUGCAGGACCGUUGGUCCCUACGUGCCUCUCUGGCUUGGGUGUGAGGCGGGCUUUUAUGUUGACGCCGGUCCGCCAACUUAUGCUUUCACUCCUUGCGGGCAUGUGUGCUCAGAGAAAUCUGCCAAAUACUGGUCCCAAAUCCCACUGCCACAUGGUACUCACGCAUUUCAUGCUGCCUGCCCUUUCUGUGCUACCCAGCUGUCUGGAGAUCAGAACUGCGUCAAACUUAUUUUUCAGGGUCCAAUUGACUGAUCCCAUCUUACAGAUGACCACAAUAAAGCUCACUUUGUUAACAAUUUACUGUGAAAAUUAAGAAUUUGCCACUAACUCUAGAUUUUACCUUUUUAUAGGAUUGUUAUUAAUGAGGGCUUUGGGGGGUGGGGGUGGGAGGUGGCAGCUGCGCGUAAUGUAGGGUGCAGAGGUACACUGAUAUCUGGACUCAAACAGAUAUCGGUGGCAUUGCAUGCUCAAAAGCAGCAUGUUCAUGAUGACAUCUUCUUGGUCUAAUUGUAGUAUAUUUGUAAUAUUUUUUCUUAGUACCCUUGAUCAGAAGGAAAAAAAUACCAAUGUCUUAAUGAUUUUUUAAUCUUGGAUUUUUUAACAGAAAUGCUUUUUCUUCUAAACUUUGACAAGCCUUUAAAACACAUAUUUUUUCAAACUUAAGAGGAGCAUACAGAAUGUAAUUUGUCUUUUUUUAAUUUGCAAUAUAAUUAACUUGAAUAGUUUAUUCUCAAGGAGGAUGUACUGAAUGUGUGGGAACACCUGGAUGAAUGUUCACUAGAUAUGUGUGUUAAAGAAGCUGCGAACAUGAAAAGUUGACUUGGUGAACAAUAGCACAAAAAUAUUAAGGAAUUCUGCAGUGUGGUAUAAUGCAGCUGUCCAAAAAAGACACACAGUUACUUGAAAUUUGGGGAUCACUGUCUUUGGGCCACUACCCCUAUUAACAUUGUUUUGACACAGAAGUUACUCUUGCAUGUCACUCCUGUGUUUAAAAAAUGCUUGUAAAACAUAAUAUGGGAAGAGUUACAAUACGGGUUAUUUGGUCCAACAGAUGCAUAGGACAUGUUUAUUGGUGAGCAAAAUGAUAGUUUGGAGUAUUUCUGACUUUUUCAGAACUAACUCAACUGUCCACCAGCCAUUGUGCUACCAUCCUGCCCUCCUUCAGAAUUCUCACAGCGCAGAAAUGUCCCAUAGGGCCCAACUUUGCUCUGCUUCAUAGAUGUGUUACCACAGUGGUGCAGGGGCUGCUUCUUUUGUGGCUUCAUCUUGUGCCACCACGUUUCUUUCGAAAGGCCAGAACCAUAUGGCGGGACCAAUUGAGCAUAUCCUUCCCACCCAUUUGGCCUUUACCACUUGGCUCCAUCCUUUCAGGUGUUACUGCAACACCAUGAGAUGAAGCUACAGAAAAGUGGUUCCUUUGACAAUGGGGUAGCAUAAGAAUAAGGCCUAUAUAAUAUGGAAAGUAGUUUUAAUGGAAAUUCAGCGUUAAGGCAUGGUAUGGGGCCAGCCCUUUUCAAUUUGCAUAUGGUGUGAUUUUUUGAAUUAUACUUAACACAUAUCCAGUCAGCAUUAGUUUUUUAACAGUUUUCUGUCUCUUUCUAGUUCUGCCUUUUGGCUUUCCUUGCACCAGGUAUAGCUUACUCUUGCAUGCCUUGGAUCAGUGGGCAAACCAAAAUGUAGCAACUCUUUAUGAAACCUAGGUGGCUGUGCUGCCACACUAAGGAGAAAGUUUUAGUCUGAUCUCUGCAGAUAUAUGCUGGCCUUGAUCUGAUACUCAAGAGUGCCUCAGAAUGACUCUUAAACAUGUGAGUCACCAGGAAUCCUCCUGCGAAUGGUUAAGUAUUUGGUAGCUAUUUUUGAAAAUUGAUAAUUGAAAAAUAAGCUAUUUUAAGCUUGCUUCUGCGUUACUAUCCUUAAUGUACAAACAGCCUUCCAUAGUUUUAACACUGCUGUUUUGUUAACUUUUUUCAUUUUGUCAUCUGUCACCCCCACCCCACCCCCACCCCGGCAGCCCUAAAUAGUGUCAGUUCCUCCCCCUCCGCCCCGCCCCACAUUUUGCAAUUCAGAGAAACACCAAAUUUCACUGUUGAAUACACAAGAGUAAUUGUGUAUUUCAGUGUUGAAUACACAAGAGUAAAGCCCAGUGGGAGGAACUAAAUUCCUUCCCAUUCUGAAAACUGGUAGAUUGGGAUUUCAUGUGUACUUUACUAAUCCUAUUUAAUAUUUUAUGCUUUUUUCUGUUCGUGUGGUAUCUGAGGUAUCCAUUAUUCCAGGUUAGCAUGAGAAAAAAGACCCCUUGGAGAAAUUUUCACACAUCUUGAGGUGAACCUGGCAGUUCAGAUCUCCUUUCUGUUAAAUUCAUAGCAGUCUCUACUAUAUUUGUGCCCUUUGUGUAUAAAUAUAUAAUUUAUAUGAUUUUAAUAUAUUGUGUAUAUACUUGAACUGGCCUGUUCAUAUUUUGGACAUAUUGUUUUAUAGUUAACCUUUUAAACCUUUUAAAAUGUCCAUUGUCCACUGGGUGAUGGGGCAUAUUGUUUUUAUCUGCUGCUGUUUAAUAUAAUUUUGCUGUAUAAAAAAAGUUCAGCAUUUUAAGUUGAAACAUGUUUACUCCAAUUUCUUUUGUUUGGAAAUGUUUCAUUCCCUCUGCAUUAUGUUGUGUACAAAUCCUCUAUUCUGUAGCUUGCUUGCCCCAUGGGAAAUGGGGCCAGUUGUUUUGGAAACACUUCUUCCUUGUGUCUGUUUAAAUGAGAUUGCUUGAUUCAUUGAGACCAGUGUGUAGCUCCAGUUCCAGUAUUUUUACUCCGUGUGACCCAACCUCAUCCCCAUCCUUGUAGCAUAGGUGCCUCAGGGUCCCUUCUGUAUUGAGUCAGUAUGUCAUCUGUUUCUCCAGGCUCUGUUACCCAGAGGUCUGCUGCUGACCAGCAAAAUGCCAUGAAAUUGCGGGCUUCAACAACUGCUUUCCUUAUCAACUCCAGGGGCAGAAGAUCAUGGCAGCAGGCUCUUGGGUCCCGCACAGGGAGAAAUAUCCCCACAACUGUGUCUGCUUCCAUGUGUGAAUGUAUUCCUAGAUAUCUCUCCGCCCGCCCCCCCGCAACUGAAGUGUCAGUUAUAAGGAAGUUGCUUCAGGCUUCUUUCUGGAAGUAUUUCUUGGAUUGGUCCCAUUGGUGAUUCUGAAUGCUUUAUUUUAGUCUAAGUCCUAGGGGGCAAUGGAUAAAAUGGCUUUUGGGCUUACUGAAGGAACAAAGCAACCCAUUUGACUCUGCAAGGUCUGAUGAUGAAUGUUCAACUUUACUCCUCAAAAGUGGUGGUAUCCUGCCAUAUUCUUGUAGCUUGUGUCUGAACAGGCCAUGAUGAUAGAAGGAAUUCCCAGUUUCUUCAGCAUUCAGCUUGCGUGCUGCAACUGUACAGGAAAUAGCAGCAGGCUGAUCAUGAACAUCCAGAGGGUUCCGGGUUGGACUACUUUUCACUCUACAUAGUCUACUUUACUUUCCAAGUGAAGCCUAGUUUCCCCCCAUCUUCCCCUUGAAAAGUCCAAGGGUGUGUAAGAGCUUUGUUACUCUUUGCGUCUGUAAAAGUCAGGUUAUGAUUCUGGACCUGUGUUCAGAAGGGGAUUAGCGCAAGAUAUGCUGCAAUCAGGGGAAUAAAGUUUUCUCUGAAUGAAUCCAGCAACAGAUUUUUUUUUAUGCAGUGCUUGGGGGAAGUCCCCAUGUCUCAUUUCCUUCCUAAACGUAAAGUUUGUCUUCCUGCAAGAGCAUUGUCAGAUGCUUUUUUGAGUCCCAAAUUUGCUGGUCUAUAUUGUAGUGUUUUGUUUCUGCAUAUUGAUUUCCCAAAUCAGUCAGCAAUAAUGUAUUCCGAAAGUAAGAUUCCUGCAGCAGCUCUUAGUCAAUCUGAUUUGACUAGAAUCCAGAGCUACUGAAGUACCACUUCUAAUUCAAAGUGUGUAUUCUUCUCCUCUUUUAAUUUUUUUCUUGUUGGCUUAUGUAUUAUGCAGCUCUAACAUUCCUCAUGCAAGCCAACACUCUCUGUGUGUCCUUUCCCCCCCUUCCCUCCUUUCCCUUCCCCCCUUCCCUUCUGCACCCUUUCCACCCCUUUUCCCUGACAGAAAAAAGUCUUCAUUGGUCAUCCAUGGGCUUCCCUUGGUCCUUAUUUAACAACUACAUCUGAGUGCAUGAAUGUGUAUUGAUUCUCCCCAUUGUUAAUCAUGAAAUGAUGGUGCCUCAGGGCAGCUUGAUCUAGAUCAUUAGAAGAAACCUACUUUUGGGGCUCAGUUGAAGGGAAAGGGAGUGAUCAAAGUAUUGGCAAAAAGCCAUUUCCAUUUGGAAUAGCAAGCCAAUAAGAGCAUCACCUGCUCAGUAUUGAAAUUGCUAAUCAAAAUGAAUCUAAGGCAUUUGAUGUACAAUACUCACUCUAAAAAAGGCUUUUUAACCCCAAGUACUUUGGGACAUGGAGCAUUUUCUUGGUUCAAUACACUUUCUGUGCACCUUGUGGAAUAUUUUGUAAAGGUCCUCAGUGGCCUCUUCUGUGGCCUAAUGUUAUCUUAAGAGAACUUAGCUUGUGUGCCGCCCCCAGCCCACAACUCCACCCUAUCUCUUUUGGUUGUGUUUCUUUUUGGUGGGAAAAAACACCACAUGUUGGGUACUCUUAAAUAUGCAUGCAUGACUUUGAAUUUUGUUCCUGAAUAGGUUUUGGAGUUCCUGCAAAAUCCAUUAUAUGUUUUUUUAUUUUAAAAGCCUAAACAUGGGGAGUGUUGUAUGCAGGUGCAAAGAACUGCUAAAGGCUGGCCAUUGCUACCAUUCUUAAUUUUCUCUGCUUGAAUUGUCUCCAUCAAUUUACCAGACAUUGAUUCUUUUGGUUAUGUAUAUGACUAGCAACUGAAGCUUUCUUUCUCUCAAAAAAAAAAUGCUAGCUUCCCUUUUAGAGGACACCUCAAAACUCUUCCCAUCUCACCCCCACUGAUAAUCAUGGUAUUCCACUUUAGUAUAGUCAUUCCCAAACUCUGUGAAGGGGCACACUAGUCUGACUUGAGAGAACCAGUAGUUUCCCCAUGAACCUGGGGGGUGAUGCCUCCUCCCAGUCAGUCCCCUUUGCUAAUUUCACCCAGAGCUCUACUCAACCAGGGCAGAGGAGUGGACUCCCUCCCUCCCUCCCUCCCUCGGUGUAGUGGCUUUGAGGAGAGAGGUUGGAGAAUUGCUCUCGGCCCAGAGGCUCCCACACUAUGAGACUUCCCUAUCAUACCUGAUCCAGAGAUGUCCUAAUAUCCUAUUAAUUUAAUGUCUUGUUGGCUUGCUUUUCUCUUGUACCUUAAGAGCAGUCUUUUGAGUGUGAAUUGUGCCUCCCACUUGAAAUACAAGAAAAAGUGUGCCUCAGGUUUUUUAGGAGACCCAGGAAAUACUUCUGGGGUUGGGAGAGUGGGUGGUAGUUGCCGUGGCUUGUCUUAUUUUAAAGAGAGGCAUGACGGUGAAAUGAAUGCAGUAGUCAAAGUGGAAUUUGUUCAUUUUGUUGAACAAAGAUGAGGCAGUUUCUCUCAUUCUGUAAGGGUACAAUGUCUAACCAGAACAUGGACACGGAAGCACCUUUCCACAGCCUAAAUUGAGCUAGCUUAAGAAUAUGUAGAUGUUCUAAUUUCUAUGUCGUAUUGAAACUUUGAAUAUGUCCAUGGCAGAAGUAGCCUGGCUUAUUACAUGAGGCUGCCUGAUACAAUAUGUAUCAUUGUUUGAGAACAACAAGGCAACACAACUAUCUCCCGCUCCUCUUCCCACCCCACUCCCUGCCUUUUGCUGAACAAGCUCAGUACAUGUUCUGGCUCAUAAACCAUUUUCCUGCAGCUGUUUGAUCUCCCUUGUUUUCAUGAUUUCUAAGUAAAAAGCACACAAACCGUUAAUGUCUAGGGUGGGGGUGGGAGUAUAUUUUAAGCUAUCAUAUUGCAUAUGAUGAAUUUAUGAUGGCUGAGUGUUCAGUGAGGGUGAAGGUUCAAGCCAUUCCAGAUGCGCCCAUCCAGCACACCUGCUUAUUGAUGUAUGAUCCACUGGAUUGGGGAAAUGGUAACAGCUUCUUUUCCUUCUGGCCCCAGAACAUCUUUGUGAGUCAAAAGCAGUAGAAAUGGGUGCGCCUUAGCAAUGCCAACCCCAAGUGACAUGGAAAUGAAUUCAAGCUGGGCAGCAUAUCUUCUUUGGUUCCUUCUUAAACAGGCAUCACCACACUCCUCCAUGUCUUGGCACCUGGAUGAAAGAGGAGCAUGAUCCUAGAUCAAUGUGGUGGUUGGGAUUCUGAGCAUCCAACAAGCAAAGUAUGUUGUUGCUAUACUUCCAAUUGAAAAAAUAAAGACAAGAUUUCUGGGCUGCUUCAUACUUGGUUUCACCAUGUUGGGUGUGUGUGGUGGGCGGGGGGCAGGGAACUCAUCUCUUCCAUCACCAUCAUGUGUGAAGAUGGUGCUUGUAUCUUUUUUGUCGCAUGUUAUGGGAAGCAUUCCUGUACAUGAUAAAAUGUGCUUGUUCUGUACCUGUGGGUACAUAUCCCCCUGCCCCUCCCCUUACACCUGGAUAAGUAGGAGGUCAUGUAUGAAAGUGGUCUUAUUACUCAGGCAUAAGACAUCCCAUUGCAUUAGCUUAGUGGUUUUCAAGUGUAUAAAGGAACUCUUUCCACAUUGACUUGACUGCUGAGGACUACUUGUGUGCCUCCUCUCACUCAUUUCAAAGGAUUCUGCUGUGCAUUCUAGGAUGUUCUGUUGGGCAGCGUGCGAUCCUGGCUUGUUCGUCCUUGCCCACUGAAGAUGGAGAAUGUGUCCUUGAACAUGCCCUGGCACAUGCCCCAGACUCUCUUGCAAGUAAAUUUCAGGGAGAGGCCAGUUGUGGUUGGCCAGCUGUCUCUUCCAUGGGAACUUGCCUGCCUUUACCAGUGCAACAGAAGACUCUCUGGAUUUCUAUGAACUCCAUUUGAAAACCAUUGUGUUGGUCUUUGGCCAAGUAUUGUCAGUAAAAAUGCAACCAAUUCAUCCUGAUAAAGACAUGCAAAAAAUUAAAUAUCCAGAUCAUUAAUGGUGGUAAUGUUUUAAAUGUGGUGCACUUUCCUGAAUUUUCUCUGCUGCCCCCUGCAUAUGAAGAAACCUUCCACACAGCAAGAAGCCUAAUUUUGAAGGAGUGACUACAGAUUAUCCAAAACUGGCCCUGGAGUUUCUGGGUCUGAUCACAAAAUUGCAUCUCAUUCUAACACGUCCACUGGGAAGGAUCAAGGGGGGUGGGUGAGAAGUGGCAAUGUUUACUUCAGAGUGUUAGUGGCUGUUAAAUGUUCUGAGUUAUGUUUGUAGAAGCUGGCCUUUUAUACAUCAAUGUGAAUGGAUAUUGACACCAUUUAACUGUUGUACGUUUUGGAAGUACAAGCCAUUUUACAGGAGAGAGAGAGAAAUUAAAAAGGUAUUCCAGUAUUA